AUGGCUAUUGGAAAAGUCGUACAUGUUGCCUUUGAUUUGACGCUUGCAGCAGGUUUUCUAGCUGCAAUUAAGAAGAACACAGGAAUUACUCCUGAUAUCUCUGUGAUAGGACAGCCUGAUGUGGAAUACUAUGCAUACAAAUAUCUUGAUUAUGGUGACUACGUAUAUGACAAGAGCGUAGACUUCAUGAGAAAAUCCCAAUUUUUCGUUAAGAACCUGUUUUAA